AAGCACGCAAAUCAGCUGCCCCAGAUAGAUCUCCCUGACUCCCUCCUCCAUGAUGCUCGCAACUCAUCAUAGCAUCACUCACCGCCUCCACAGCAUCCCGCCACCGGGUUCUGGCCACCGCAGGAGACUCCACUCCACAGCACGCGGCGCCGUGCGGCGAGACGAUGCCACCACGGAGUCAGCAGGGGAGGGCACAUCGUCAUCGGAAAGCCUCAGGGUGAGUAAGCCUACCGCGACGACGGCUCCGGCGGGGUUUUCGUUGCCCAAGGACUACCGCCAUACUCUGUUCAGCUCGGAGUGCCUGGAGGUGCUGGGCCUGGUGGACCUCGAGUCACUGCGGAAGCGGCCGAGGCUCACCAUUGGGGUGACGGUGAAAGCGUCCGUGGUGCUCCCGGUGCUCGUGGUCCUGGCGGUCCUUUACCUCUCGGACGUGACCAAGGGUGUUGUCGACUGGACGCAUCAUCACCUGGAGAACGACGACGACGUGGGGGACUAGCUUAGUUAAAGGAGUCCAGCUCUCCAGUGUUGUGAUGCAGGCCCGCAUAUAUGCAGCAGGCUCAACUUGCUGGUGUAAACAAUUAGCAUCAGGCUUCAGCUCGUUUCACUUUCUAUUCUUUCUCAUUUCUAAUCAAGUGUACAUAAACUGACUUUUAAUGGUGCGUUCAUGUAAAGUCUGCUUUUAUC